GCUCUCCAGCCGGUCCGGCAGCUGAGGCUCGGCGCUCGGGUUACCCCUGCAGCGACGCCCCCUGGUCCCACCGACACCGCCGCUGCUCCCGCCCCUUCGCCUCUCGGCCGCGCCAUGGGCACCCGCGACGACGAGUACGACUACCUCUUCAAAGUUGUCCUUAUUGGAGAUUCUGGUGUUGGAAAAAGUAAUCUUCUAUCUCGAUUUACUCGAAAUGAAUUUAAUCUGGAAAGCAAGAGCACCAUUGGAGUAGAAUUUGCAACAAGAAGCAUCCAGGUUGAUGGGAAAACAAUAAAGGCACAGAUAUGGGACACGGCAGGGCAAGAGCGAUACCGAGCUAUAACAUCAGCAUACUAUCGUGGAGCUGUAGGUGCCUUAUUGGUUUAUGACAUUGCUAAGCAUCUCACAUAUGAAAAUGUAGAGCGGUGGCUGAAAGAACUGAGAGAUCAUGCCGAUAGUAACAUUGUUAUCAUGCUCGUGGGCAACAAGAGUGAUUUACGUCAUCUCAGGGCAGUUCCUACCGAUGAAGCAAGAGCUUUUGCAGAAAAGAAUGGUUUGUCAUUUAUUGAGACAUCUGCUUUAGAUUCUACAAAUGUAGAAGCUGCUUUUCAAACAAUUCUAACAGAGAUAUACCGCAUUGUUUCUCAGAAGCAAAUGUCAGACAGACGUGAGAAUGACAUGUCUCCAAGCAACAAUGUGGUUCCUAUUCAUGUUCCACCAACCACUGAAAACAAGCCAAAGGUGCAGUGCUGUCAGAACAUCUAAGGCGUUUCUCUCCUCCCCUAGAUGGCUGUGUAUAGUCCAUUUCCCAGGUCUGAGAUUUAAAUAUAUUUGUAAUUCUUGUGGUCACUUUUGUGUUUCAUUACUUCCUCAUACUUAUGAAUUUUUCCAUGUCUUAAGUCUUUUGAUUUUAGCUUUAUAAAAUCAUCCACUUGUCCCAAAUGACUGCAGCUCUUUUUCAUGCUAUGGCUUCACUAGCCUUAGUUUAAUAAACUGAAUGUUUUAAUUCCUCAA